AAAUCUCGGGACACCAGAAAUUGUAGAGCUAAAAUCCCUUCCUUUGUCACAAUGAAGCCCAAUUUCAGCAAAAUGAGAACCAGUUCUCUAGUCAACAACACAUCGGCACCGGCAAAUCCAAAAAAUAAAACACUAGUUUUUGAUUUUGAGGGCACUGUGUUACGAUCCACUUCAUUGUUCCCUUACUUCAUGCUGGUUGCAUUUGAAGCUGGUGGGAUUCUAAGAUCUCUCAUAUUGUUACUUUCAUACCCUUUGGUGUGGCUGGUGGGUGAAGACCAACUAGGCUUGAAGAUCAUGGUUUUCUUGUGCUUUUUUGGCAUAAGAAAGGACACAUUCAGAAUAGGAUCAGCUGUUCUGCCAAAGUUCUUCUUAGAAGAUAUGGGGUGGGAAGGUUUUGAAGCUGUAAUGUGUUGUGAGAGAAAGGUGGCAUCUAGUAAGUUGCCUAGGAUCAUGGUUGAAAAUUUCUUGAAGGACUAUUUAGCGGUUGAGGCUGUUAUAGCAAGAGACUUGAAGUCCUUCAGUGGGUAUUUUUUGGGAGUGUUUGAGAAAAAGAAGCCAAAUAAAAUCCCUUCAUAUAAAAUGAAUGUGGGUACUAAAGAGGGCAACAACAAUAGUAUUGGUAUUAUAGGUAACCAUGUUGAGUUUAUUGAUCAGGAGGAGCUUUUCCACCAAUUCAAGGAGUUUUGCUUAAUGUUAAGUUCUGAAGAGAGGAGAAAUUGCCGUGUUCUUCCAAGAGAGAGGUAUCUGAAGCCAUUGAUCUUCCAUGAUGGAAGAUUGGCUUUCAGGCCAACUCUUGUAUCUUCUCUUGCCUUGUUCAUGUGGUUACCAUUUGGGUUAUUUCUUUGUUUCUUUAGAUUUAUAAGUGGCAUAGCAUUGCCACUCCACGUUUCAGCUCCAAUAUUGGCCUUUUCAGGGACAAGAACCACCGGUUCUAGACCCCAGAGCACUUUGUCUUCGGUCCUCAAUGAAGAAAAUCAAAAGGGCAUGCUCUAUGUGAGCAAUCACAGAACCUUGCUUGACCCACUUUACAUUGCAAUAGUACUACAAAAACCACUUUCUGCAGUCACAUACAGCUUAAGCAGAUUAAAUGAACUGGUUUCCCCCAUCGGAACUAUAAGACUAACCAGGGACAGAGAUAGAGACAGGGAAAUAAUGAUCAAAUUGCUGAGCCACGGAAACCUUGUGGUGUGUCCUGAGGGAACAACUUGCAGGGAACCUUAUUUGUUAAGGUUUAGUCCUUUGUUUGCUGAACUUACAGAUGAUAUUGUUCCUAUUGCUGUGGAUGUUAAGGUUAGCAUGUUUUAUGGAACAACAGCGAGUGGGCAUAAAUUUUUGGACCCUUUUUUCCACUUCAUGAACCCAAGUCCUGAAUACUUCAUUAAAAUUCUCGAGAAAUUACCACAACAGCAAACAUGUCAACCUGGUGGAAUAUCGAGGAUUGAAGUGGCCAAUUUUGUGCAAAAUGAGAUAUGCAGUGCUUUAGGAUUUGCAUGCACCAACUUGACCAGGAAAGACAAGUAUUUGGUCUUGGCAGGAAACGAGGGUGUGAGCCCACGCUAUAACUGCCACUAGUAGCUUACCCACUUUAGUGUGUUGUCACCCCUUGAACUACCCUGAAGAUUUCCCACUGGGAGAGUGGUACGGUGAGGACUUUUCAUGUUUAAAUUUUAUGACAGUAUAUUUUCAGGUUAUAAUAUUGUGCUAGAGAAAAAUAUUUGUUCAAUGUUUAUGUGUAACCUUCUCUAUAAUUCAGAGAAGAAGGGAGAUAAGUGUGGCGUAAGAUAUAUGAUG